AUGUGGCGGCAGAGAAAGCAUGAACGAGUUCGGCGCGGCGGCUGCAGCCGCCGGGUUGUCACUGCUGCUGCAACAGAGGCGCCGGGCGUGGCAGUGCAGCAGCAGCAGCCCCAGCGAGGAAAGCCCCAGCCACUAGAAGGCAAAGGACAAAUUCCCUGCAGUGGAAGGAAUCGAUACACUGAAGGCUGCAGGCGUUAUCAGGCACAGAAUCGCGAAAGGCAGCAGCAGCAACAGCAUCAACGGCAGCCAGCCCCGCAGGAGCAGCAGCAGCAACGGGAGCAGCAGCAGCAUGGAGUUUGCAGGGCAAGGUUUCAGCGGAGUUUAUCCUUCCUACUACUGUGUCUUCUGGUUGACUUGAAGCAGCAGCAGGAACAGCAGGAGCAGCAGCAGACCAUCAGAAGUGCCGCAGCAAUAAUACCAUCACCGGCAGCAGCAGCUGUCCUUACCGAACAGUCUGCCGUGGACUGGUUGUCCUUCUCCCGCUGCAGUCGCCGGAAGAAUUUCUAG